AAAGUAACCUUAAAGAUAUUGUGUCGCGUGCCAAAAAAAAAUAUCUAUACAAAAUGGUUGCAUUUUACGAUGGAUGUGUUGGAGGCGAUCAUCCCCAAACUUUAAGCGAUUGGGUGCGUAAUUUUCGUUUGAAGCGCGUCCAAAUGCGCCGUAAGUUGCGUGGGGCUGGCAGCGACUUACGCGUCUGCGCCAUUUUGUCAACUGCGUUGUCUUGUGCAGAGCAGCAGUUGCGACGAAAGCAGCAAGAAAGAUUUACUCGUUGGCUCGAUAUGCAAGCCAAAUUUGUGCCACAUGGCAAAACACAUUGCGCCAGCGAUGCCAAUGCUAACGCUGAACGGUAUGACCGUUGUGAUGACGUCAAAUUGGAGGAAGAGCGUCGAGAAAUUGAAAAUAGUCUGUGGAAAAGUGAGCUCAGUGGCCUCGACGAUUUCAUGCGCAGUUUGAGUAGCAGCAACAGCCAAAACUACAACUGUAAUGGGAGCAGCAGCAGCAGCAGUUACAACAACAACACUCAACAGCAGUGCGCCAUUGCAGUGAAUAGUUAAAAAGAGACAAAUCUAUUGCAGCUUUCAUAUCGAAUUAUGUGCCUAUAAGAGAAAGCGGUUCAGCACGAUGCUUUAGUAUCAAUUGUCAUAAUUUUGAUUUGUUACAAAU